AGUUAGCCGAGCUGUGUGUGGUUAGCCGGUCUUGUUAAUCCAGUAAACAUAUUUGCCUUCGGUUCGCCUUUAUUUUCAGUCUACUCUGCUGCAUAAUGCCAGGGUUUUCAGACAGAGACCGUGGCCGUGAUAGAGGAUAUGGUGGGGGACCUCCUCGUUUUGGAGGCGGCAGGGGUGGACCUCCCCCGGUAAAGUUUGGAAACCCUGGUGACAGACUAAGAAAGAGACACUGGAACCUUGAUGAGCUUCCAAAGUUUCAAAAGAACUUCUACCAGGAACACCCCGAUGUCACCCGAAGGCUGCUUCCAGAAGUUGAGCAGUACAGAAUAAGCAGAGAAGUGACAGUCAAAGGAAGAGAAUGCCCCAAACCAAUUUUAAGGUUCAAUGAAGCUGCAUUUCCAAACUAUGUCAUGGACAUGGUCAUUAAACAAAACUGGAUUGAACCAACCCCUAUUCAAGCUCAAGGGUGGCCAGUUGCUCUCAGUGGCAAAGAUAUGGUUGGGAUUGCUCAAACUGGCUCUGGGAAAACUCUUGCAUACCUUCUACCUGCUAUUGUGCACAUCCAACAUCAACCCUUCCUGGAGCAUGGUGAUGGACCUAUUUGCUUGGUGUUGGCGCCUACACGAGAGCUGGCCCAGCAGGUGCAACAAGUGGCUGCUGAAUACGGCAGGGCCUCCCAUCUCAAGAGCACCUGCAUCUAUGGGGGUGCACCCAAAGGACCCCAAAUUCGGGAUCUCGAGAGAGGAGUUGAGAUUUGUAUCGCCACCCCGGGUCGUCUCAUUGAUUUCCUGGAGUGCGGCAAAACAAAUUUGCAGCGUUGCACCUACCUCGUGCUCGAUGAGGCCGACCGCAUGCUCGACAUGGGUUUCGAGCCACAGAUCCGCAAGAUUGUCGACCAAAUACGGCCUGACCGUCAGACCCUGAUGUGGAGUGCCACAUGGCCCAAAGAAGUUCAGCAGCUUGCUGAGGACUUUCUGAAAGAUUAUGUACAAAUCAACAUUGGAGCGCUUCAGCUCAGCGCCAACCAUAACAUCCUGCAAAUUGUUGAUGUUUGCAAUGACAUGGAGAAGGAGGACAAACUGCUUCGCUUGCUGGAGGAGAUAAUGAGUGAAAAGGAAAACAAGACAAUUAUUUUUGUGGAGACCAAAAGACGCUGUGAUGAGAUCACCAGGAGCAUGAGAAGAGAUGGGUGGCCAGCAAUGGGGAUUCAUGGAGACAAGAGCCAACAGGAGAGAGACUGGGUCCUUAAUGAGUUCCGAUACGGCAAAGCACCGAUCCUCAUCGCCACAGACGUGGCCUCCCGCGGCUUAGAUGUGGAGGAUGUGAAAUUUGUCAUCAAUUAUGACUACCCUAACUCCUCCGAGGAUUAUAUCCACCGCAUUGGACGCACAGCCCGGAGUCAAAAAACGGGCACAGCCUACACCUUCUUCACCCCCAACAACAUGAAACAGGCAAGUGACCUGAUCGCUGUGCUACGCGAGGCCAACCAGGCCAUUAACCCCAAGCUCCUCCAAAUGGCAGAGGACAGAGGAGGUCGCGGAAGGGGGGGGCGAGGCGGCUUCAGAGAUGACCGUCGAGAUAGGUAUUCUGGAGGUGGGCGGCGUGAGAACUUUGGUGGUGGUGGCGGCUACAGGGACAAUGACAGAGGGUUUGGAAAUGGGCCUAGGGGUGGCUUUGGGGGUAAGGUGCAAAAUGGGGGCAGCUAUGGAGGUAACUCUCAUGGUAGUUAUGUCAACCAUUAUGGCAACAGCAAUGGCCAAGGUAAUUUUGGUGGUCCUUCCAAUCAGUCGGGAGCCUUUGGAAACCAAAGCUUCCAGGGCCAGGGCCCACCUCAGUUUGGGGGCAUGCAGAGACAGGGCCAGAACGGCAUGAACCACCCGUUUCCUUACGUCGCUCAUCCCCCACCACCGCCACAGGCUCAACAGCCACCACCUCCAAUGUUGCCCUACCCCAUGCCACCACCCUUUCCACAGUAGUCGCCAUACAAGAUAUUGAAACCCCUUGUUUUUUCUUUGUUUAGUCGACAAUUCACACGCUGAUUGCAUUUAAAGUUGUUAUAAUUACGGUAUUCUAUAUGUUUAACUUUGUUUUUUUUGCUUACUGCAGGUUUUGAGAUUAAUUGAGUGAUACCAGAGCGUCUCCUUCGGUGCAACGGUCAUGUGCUGUAUUUUUUCUUGGUUUUGUGUUACCGUACAUUCCUUAGUUAUUUAACUAGGUGAUGCGUUGUAUUGCGUUGGUGUUAUGAAUUAGUGAAAGUGAUGUGAUCAUUAUUAAAAUGGUGCAAUGUCCCUUUUUUAAAUAAAAAGAAGAAAAGGG